CCUGUUGCAACCGGGGAGUGACUAGGAGGUUAGAAGACUAUCUGUGGUAGUUUUUCUCUUCACCUUAUCAUAUAUCUCUCAAUUGUCAACUAUGGCUCAGAAACUCACAGCUGGAGAACGGGAAACGAAACUGAAACCUUUGCUGGAUGACAACUGGACGAUGGUAGAUGGUCGUGAUGCUAUGAAGAAAACGUUCCUUUUUAAAGAUUUCAAUGAGGCCUGGGGUUGGAUGAGCUGUGUGGCACUAAGGGGAGAGAAGAUUGACCACCAUCCUGAAUGGUUCAAUGUCUACAACAAAGUAGAGGUGACUUGGUCUACUCACGACUGUGGUGGACUGUCUGCCAAGGAUAUCGUGAUGGCUAAGUUCUGUGACGACACCUCCAAGUAGUUCAGCAAGUGAGGGGUGAGAAGGAAGGAAGGAAGUCUGGGAUUUUGGCAAGAUUAGGAACCCCAGUUUAUUUCACUUGAUGAUUGAUUAAACAGCCUAAUGCUAACCUAACCUAACCAAACCUUACCUGAUCUAACCUUACCCCCCAUUAAAACACCCUAAUGCUAACUUAACCUACCUUAACCCUACAUAAUCCCCCCCCCCCCUCCCCAUUUACCACUAGUACACUGUUUAAUCAUUAGCUGAAACAAAUUGGGAUUCCUAAUAUUCACAAGAUCCAUAGUUUGUCAAAUGAAUAAGUUGGAUAUGUUGACGACGAAGGGAAUUCUAAAAUGUUAGGAAUCAUUGUAAACAGAAGAGUAAAUAUUAUUCAUAAAAUCGAAGGAAUCGAGAUAGAAUUACAGUAUAUUACUACAACUGUAUUUUUUUUUUGUAUUUAGUUUUGUAUAAGAUGUAGAUGUAUAUUUUGACAGUAGCUACAGUAUCAUAUCUUUAUGAGUGUACAAUAAUCUGAACAUAACCAGUGUCAGAAUGUGAAGUGGUAUUGUUAUUGAAGUUGAUUUAGUAGACGUGUUUAUUCUUUUGUACUUGUUGAUGAUUUUUUUUUUACGGUUAACCUUAAAAUUACUGUUAUACUUCUUAAUAAUUUUACAAUGAAUAAUGGGCUUUGAUAUUAUUUACAAGAUGACAAUUCACACUUUUUUUCCUCACUAUAUCAAGAUAAUUUAAUCCAUUUCCUAGAUAGAACACUGUAACUAUUCUCUACAUAUACUGCACUGUACCAUUACCACACUCAUCAUAGAAAUAAAAACACAAAAAUAUCGAUGACCUGAAUCACAUGUUGGUAAAUUGGAUCUUGAAAAAACACAAUAGCUUAUUAACUAUCCAUAGUAUUGUUGAUAUUUAAUUGAACUAUUUCAGGCCAGGUAUAUAUCAUGAUCUAAUUGGUGUAAUCAAUAUCAGGAUACAUUAUGUACGUUGGUAUGGGGCUUCCAGAUUCAUUUAGCAUGUUGAAUGUAUCUUGUGUGAUGUAAUGGUAAUGUACGGUGCUGUGAAUAUCUGGUUAUUUGUUUCUGGCUAAAAUAAACAAAAGUUACCACCAUCUUA